GAAUAUUUUAGUGAUCGAAGGCCAAGUGUAACGUAGUAACAGUUGGGGGAGAGAAUGGCGAGGCAGCUGAACCGACGACAGUCGUCCUUGUGACGGUUGUGCUAGAGUUCCUGGCUAGGUCGGUUUGACGAGGUACCAACGAGGUGCGCGUUCUUGGAUCUCUUCCAUCCAUGUCGCGGCGCCGCUAUUUGUUGGCAUGCGGGUUGAAUUUCAAGCUUUCCGUGGAAUGUCAUGUUGGCAUGUCAGUCCCACAACGACAUAUGACCAGCAGCGAGGCCCGCCAAUCCGCAUCCUCACGAAAACGGUGCUUGAGCACUCACAGGCCGGCUACACAGCGCGCACACUACUUCACCCGCCUCGGAGCAGUCGAUGGCGAAAUAGCAGGCGCAAUCUCGUCUUCUAACUUGCAACCCAGUGAUCCGAACGACCUGAGAUAUAGCACCAUAGCCCUUCAACUUAUGUUCGACGUCGAAAGUUGAAGAACAAGACCG